AUUUAUAGAUUAAUCGCGCAUGCGUAUUUUAUUUAAAUUUAAGAAUAGUUCUUUUUUUGUUUUUUUUUUGUUUUACCAAUCACUGUAAAUUAUAUAUAAUGUUUGUAGUAUGGUUGUUAUGGAAACCGAGUUAUUGUUUACAGUACAUUUAAAAUAAGGCUUAUUUUUUCAUUAAAGCUUAUUUUACUUUUGUUUCUUUUUCGUUAUUAUGCAAUUUGAAUUAUAUUGCAUGUAUUAUCUUGUACAUUUGAUUGAAUAAUAUUUGAAAUAUGUGACAAUGUCUACUAAUUUACAAGAUAUCAAAAGUAAUUAUUUAUGUCAAUGUACUGUUUCCAUCACAGACGAAAUUUUACCAAAACAAAUAUCUGAAACUAAAGAUAAUUUCAACAUACAUGAAAUAGAUGAAGAUGAUGAUGAUGAUGAUAAUUGUGAAAAUGAUAUUGUUCAUUCUGAUAAUUUAAAUGACAACGAUGAAGAUCAUGAAACUAUAAUAGAUAAAGAAAAGAAUUCACUCGAUGAUGAAUACGCUUAUACAAAUGAAUCAUUUUAUUCUGAUGAUUCUUGCAGUGAAUCUGAGAAAACUCCAUCGCAGUAUUUAGUCAGUGGUUCUUGUUCACUUUACAUUGAUGAUAAUAAAUGUGAGGAUGAUGGUAAAUUGGAAAAUUUAAAUAACAAAAAGGAUGAAGAAGAAGAAGAAGAAGAAGAAGAAGAAGAAGAGAUUGAUUACAACGAAGACAUUGAAGGAAGUAUUAACAUAGAAAGAAUUGAAAGAAUACGACAUAAUAGCGAAAAGAAUUUAGAAUUUGUAAGACGAACUACUACUAGAAGAAAGAACAUGAGUUUUACAGAUGACGAGGUACGAAAAAUUGAACGUGAGAAUGAACUUUUGUUGAGAAAAAUUAUGGCACAGCAUAAACCUCGUGAUAAAGUUCUUAAAAAAGGUACUUUACCUAAAAUGAGUAGUUCUGCUAUUAAUAGAAAAAAACUGCAAAAGAAGAUCGAAGGAGAUAACAUGGUGCUUCUUCGUAGAAUACAACAAGCGAAACCAUGUGUGAUAUCAAAAUCGACUACACCGGGUUAUAGAAUGACUUUUAUAUGACUAUGAAAUUAAUUAGCAUAACAAUGAUUUAUAAUUGGUAUAUAUAUAU